AUGGCUCAACUACCACUAACGGAAUUGCUGGCCCUAAUCGUGCUCAUUUCAGCAGUGGCAACAAGGCUUUCGGAUGGGGAUGACUGUCCUCAGUCCACCGUGAGUGAAGUCUGUCACAAUGGCACACUCCUUCUCGUUGCUGAGAAGUACCUCAAAGAUGCCAAAGACAACUGCGUGAAAGUCGUUGACCGGCGUCAACUUCCCGAACUGAUAUGUCCACCGCCUACACUCAUAAAGGCUUCGCCGUGCUCCUCAGAGGGUCAAAUGACGGAGUUUUAUGAGGCCUACCGAAAACUCAAUUGCAAGUGUGAAAAAGUUAUCAUAAGUCAACAGAAGGCAUGCCCAUGCGAACCCUGCGAAACAACUCGCAAAGACUGCGAUCCUCACUCUAAGACGGUGGAAGUCACUACAAUAUGCUACCGUCAUGGAACCAAUGGACGCUGCGAUCCUGUCCGUCAGGUUAGCUACGAGCCCUGUGGAGACUGCCCAAAUAGCGUAGCGAGAAGGGAGCUGCCGUGCGACUACUGCAAGGGGAGACGCGACGUUGUGCUGGUAACACAAUUCAGGGAGGAGUCCAGUCCCAGAAGGUGUCUCGUGUCGGAGAGGAGAAUCAGCGAGCCUUGUGAAUGCAAAAAAGGAGUAACCACUAAAUUUGUGUGCGUGAACAAUGAUGCUCGCAUGCGACAGAUGACACAUAGGAGACAAAUUUCCUGCUUUGAGUGCAGCACUAAGACUAUCGAAGUAGUUGAGAAGAAGAUAAAAUGCCGUGGUCAGGCUCUUGUGCGUCAACCCUGUAAGCGUGACCCUACUACUGGGAUCGGCUUUCAGGAGAUACGUCUCGUCAGUGAGCGUUCGGUCAAUUGUACCUGCACACGCUCCGUCCGUGCGAUUAAACAAGUUUGUAGUUGUCCACCAGGCGUGAAACAGGAGACAGUGUGCCACGGUCACAGCAACACCAUGAUUGUGAAAUCUAUUCGCUACCGUCUGCAUCAGAAGGACAGAAACCAUGUCAGUUGUCGGGCGGUGGUCCACCUUAAACAUUUGCCACCUCCGCCCUGUCCACCACUGAAUGAGACAGUCGCAGAGAAUCAAUCUGUGCUGUUGAAGGAGGUCUGCGAUCCCCAGAUCUGCCAACGCCAUAUUGUUGCUAGUGAAUGGCAGCUGGAAGGGUGCGAGUGCCGGCGAAUGGUUCGCAAGGAGGUUGCCGGCAAAUGCUGCUGCCCGAAGUCGAAUAUUGAAGUGUCUCCGUGCGUCGGCAAUCAGCGCUCUGUCCAUAAAAACUCGUACGUUCUAAUCAACGGGCAAUGCUUGCGGCAUGUUACAAAUAAAAUCGAGCCCUGUAGAAGCAACCUGCAGGAUUCGCAUCGCGUCUACUGUGACGAGACUCUUGGCGCCAAAGUCUAUGAGACCUCAACUUUCAGAGAGCUGGCUGGGGGCACACUUGAGACUCUCCAAAGGCGAACUAUCCCAGUCGUCUGCAAUGACACGUACGUGGAGAGUGCGGGAGCAUGCAAGCGGGACGCAACGACAGGUCGGAUGGUCCGGACGGCUGUGGUGAUGAGCAGCAGUCGAGAGGGCUGCGAGUGCACAGCACCGCGAGCGCACAUCCUCACCACCGCCUGCGACUGCGUAGACGUUGAGACGGGCGAGGUUAAGCAGGAGGGGGAGAGUUUUAGGGAAGAGGUGCCCUGCGAGACCCACUGCACACCUGGUGGGGAACUUUGUGGCACUCCCGCGUGUCAACGCAAAAGCCGUUGGUUUAACAUGAUUUAUUUGGGCGAAGGAGAUCCACCAAGGUGUCGCUGUCCGGCUGACUCCAAAAUCACCCGCACCUGCAACUUGGAUGGUGGAGCAAAGUGGCAGAUGGCGCAGACUAGGUACCGUCUGGAGGCAGGUAGAUGUACGCCGCAAGAGACGCGAUGGCAGGAGACGGUGAACUGCUCUGAGGGCUUGGUGGGUCAGGAGCGCGGCCCGCGCCGCCCCGAGGGGCUGCAGGAGGUGCGUUUGGUCUUCGAAACUCUCGUCGGGUGCAAAUGCGUGCGCGCCGAGAAGCAACUACAAUGUCCCUGGCGUUGCCCAGAACCAACCCGACAUGUCUACUGCGACACUGCGCUGGGCGGAGAAUCGGUGGUGGAGGUUACGCGGUUUAAUCUCAUUGGCUGCAAGUGUCAACGUCAGGUGCAGAGCAAAAGAAGCAAGAUAAUCUGCCCAGUGUACUCCGAGCUGGUGUCAAGGAAUUGUUCGACUAGCACUGGCAAAGAGACAGUCAUUCGAAAAAGAAUGGUUCAAGACGGAUGCAUGUGUAAAGUGGUUCUUGAAACUUCCUACGAACAAUGUGGCUGCCCACCCGACCGUAAGGGAAAAGCAAUCUGUAACCCUGCAACCAAUGAACUCGAGCAAACAAUCACCAAGUUCAUCCUGAUUGGUGGAAAGUGCCGAGAGAUUGUGGAGACCGAGAGACGACCAGUCAGGUGUUCGGAAGACCUCCUGACUACUCACCAGGCGAUGAAGCAACCACUGCUACGAUGUAACAAAGAAACGGGUCAAGGAGAGCUUGUGAGACCGGUGUGGCGAGUGAGCGAGUGUAAAUGCACCCGGGGAGAAGAGAUACUGCUACGAGGCCGAUGUCCUUGUCCCAAAGCAGAGACGAUCUACACACCCUGUGACCCUUUGACGGGUAAGAAGAAGAUGAUUGUGGUGAGCUAUGUGCCGGAGAAUUGCAUAUGUAAGAGGCGAGAGGAGGAACACUCUUUAUCCUGCCGAUGCGGAGCCGAUAAACCGUCGUUUGGAAAAUCACUCUGUAAUGUUCUGCGCCGAGAGAUCUCUAUGGAAGGCACCCUGAAAGAGUGGCGGGAUGAUAUUAAUCAAUGUGUAGACGUAGUAAAACGGAUUACCUAUCCACAUGUUUGCAGCCCCAAAGUCAAAUUCAUACAGUCGCCAUGCAUGAAGGGUAAGAUGGAAGUUAAGAAGAUCAUCCAGGAGCCCGACCCUAAUGACUGCAAGUGCAUUACAAAUGUCACAGUCAGUAGGGUUGAUUGCCGUUGCCCCCCAAAAAAGACGGUGCUUGGGAGCUGCGACUCGGGCGAGGAAAGGCAAACUUUGGUCUAUCUUGAUCGAGACUGGGAUGCACUAACUAAGCAAUGCAUCUAUAAAAAUCGACAUCAGGAGGAUCUCGUUUGUGAUUGCCCUAUCUCUACUGAAUCCACAUUGUGCGUUAAAGGACUGAUGGAAGCAAGGCGAACGCGCUACGAAGUGUACAUGGGGAGGCUAGGCUGCAAGCGAGAGGAGGAAGUGCAGCGCUGGCAGCCGAACUGUUCUGCAAAGGCGGUACGAGAGGACUUCGGGCAGUGCAACCUCACCACCUGCCGGCGCAGCCUUACAGUCUACACUCAGACUUACAACCCCGCAACUUGUCAAUGUGACUGGCAAAUCAAGGAGGAGAAGCAAUGCUCGUGCUGUGGCUGUCCCGAACCAAAGGUCACCUUUACUUGUCACAACAAUACAGAGUGGAUUGCGCAAUCGGACUACUACGUGCCGCACGUGAAGGGUUGUGGACAUGCUUGUCGAAAGCACUCCAUAGUCUCCCGUCAACCAAUUCAAUGCAAUGUGUCAGCUGAAGAAACUGAACGCAGAUGGUCUGAAUGCGACAAAUCAACGUGUCUUCAAGAACUGUUUUACACUGAGGCUUCACCGGUCCACUGCGAAUGCGGAAAGAGGAAACGCGUUCUGCAGACCAGACAGUGCUGCUGCACCCAAGAGCCUGAAGAAAGUGACAAAUGUCAUGAGGGAACCCUCCUGCACGUUCUCAAAACGGUCAGCCUCGUUGACCACCGCUGCAAAGAAAGUGUCCAAUACGUAACCAAACAAACGGAAUGUGAUCAACCAAGUGAGCGUAAGACGGGAGUCUGUGACCCCUUGACCUGUAAACGACCACUCUUCGAAGUCACCUACACCCGAGACAAGGAAUCUUGCGAGUGCCUACCGAGGCAGAAGUUGAUCGGAUCUGAGGACUGCUGUUGCCUACCCCCACCAAAGCCGACAAAGACGUGUGUUGGGGAGUGUUAUAUGAAUGUUCAAACGCUGGCCCACUUCGACGAGGCACAGAAGACUUGUGUCCGCACGGAAAGUGUCAAUCGUCACUGUCCAACCUGUCCACUGCCCUCGGAAGUGGUCAAGCCGUGCGGGAGCGCGGGCAACUGUGUCCAGAGCGUGACGCGGACUGAAUACCAUUUGGAGGACUGUAAAUGCAAGCCACGAGAGGUGGUGACCACUCGCAACUGCUGCUGCCAACAACCGCCAGAAGAAAGGCAGCAAGAAGACAAGGCUGGCACCUGCCUGCCUAAAGAACACGUCCUUCUCUAUCGUCGAGUUGCCUACGAGAGUACAUUCCCACUGACCAUGGUAAAUGGAUUGUUGCUCUCUCCUCGCAUCCCCAUCAUUCUCGAAAUGGCUAACUGCUCCGCUCGAUUUAGCCUGGUCGACGGAAAGUGUGUGAAACGUAUCGAGGAGCAUCGGACACCAGUGGAGUGCCCUCCGCGCGAAGUAAAUGGGUCUCAGCCGCUCGUGGAGCGGGGAGAAUGCAACAAGGCCUCGUGUCUUCGCAAGGUUAAACAGAGUAGGUGGGUCUUGAACGGAUGCCGGUGUCAGCAAAUGACCAGCGAGAGCACUGAGGCCUGUUGCUGCAACCAAUUUCGGCCUCAAGUCAAGGAAAUCUGCCGGUCUGAUGGAACCAUUCUUAAGGAGACUAAGUACUGGAAUGCUAGUGAUGGCAAGUGUAAACCGGAAGUCUUUGUCGAAGUGCUCCCAAAAGUCGAAUGUCCGCCAAUUAAGGUGCAGCCCACCGGUCCUUGUGAGAUCUCUACGGGGCGUCAACCUAUAAAGAUCGCCAAAUAUGAAUUUAAAAACUGCAAGUGCCUGCCUGUUAAUGAAACGAUUAAGGAUCGUCAGUGCCGUUGCAAGGAAAAUGAGGAAACAUACGGCGAAUGCGACGCAAUUACUUGCCUUCAGAAUGUCACCGUAACACAAUACAAACAGGAGGGAGGUGUCUGUAGAGCUCAAUUACCGAUAACAAAACUUCGGCCAUGCUGUUGCACACCGAAGGAAUCGGAGCCGAAGGUGUUGCGCGAAUGCAAUCCCAAGACUGGAUCCAUUCACGAGACUACAGUUAAGCACGUUUUUGAUAAGGCGAAAAGUGAGUGCCGCCCCGUCAAGGCAGUGCGAAUUCUACCACCAAAUGAAUGCCCGAAGAAACCGCUGAUCAAGCGCGGUAGAUGUAACAUCGCCUCAGGUGUUGCAAUUGAUAUUGUGGCACGUAGUUUAUUCGACACCAAAUCGUGCACUUGCGGGAAGUCUGUAGCACCUGUUCAACGAAUUUGCGAUUGUAGCCACCUUCCCACCAUUCCCUCUGAAACGCACUGCGACGAGGAGAAUGCGGAAUUAGUCACAACUGAAACCAAAUUUGUUCUGGAGAAUAAUGCCUGUGUAAAUAAAACCGAAGGCCAUCGCCAAAAAAUAGUCUGUCCGCCAGUCCAGGAAACCCCCGGGACAUGUGACCACGAAACCUGUCAGACCACUGUGGAAACAACAAGGCACGUCCUGGAAGGCUGCAGGUGUGUGGAACGCCGGAGCAGCCAUCAUGAGACCUGUUGCUGCCCCAGACCCCAAGUCACGGAGGCGUGCCUUGAAAAUGGGACCCUGCUAAUUCAAAGACACGUUAACUACACAUUUAAUCCAGAGAAGAGGUCCUGUGAAACCGCCGUUCGAGUUGUUAGACAGCCUAUUGACUGUGAAGCAAACAGAAGUGUGGAGAUCUCCCGCCACUGCAACACGAUGACCUGCAGACCAACUAGGUUGGUUGAGGUUCACACGCCGCAAAACUGCAAAUGCACGCCCAGGCGUUUAACCGUCGUCGACAAUGAACGGCAUUGUUGUUGUCGCCCACCGAAAGAGACUUUCUCUUGCCAAAACGAUCGCGGACUUGUCGCCAAAAGGAACCUUUCUUACACUCUUGAGAAUGAUACUUGCAUUGCAAAGGUGGUAAAGUCAGAGGAAAAGAUACGCUGUCCCGAGCCCUAUGUGACCCUUGGGCCUUGCAGUCACGAGACGAAAAUGCAGGCGGUAACCAACGUCUCGUACGACUUGCAGGACUGCAAGUGUAGAAAGCGAGUCACACGAUCAACACAGGCCUGUGGAUGCCCUGCGCCGGAAAUCGCUCUGGGUCAAUGCAGCAACGAGAGCCAAACUCGAAACGUCUCGAGAGUUUCCUACACACCAGUGAACGGCACUUGUGUCAAGAAGGUCAAGGUGCUGCGCUCGGAGCCUUGCAAGUGCCCUCUGUCAAGGACCACGAGACGCUGUGAGGAGGGUAGCUGGGUAAGAAGAAGCUAUACGUACAGAUUGACCGAGCGAGAUGGCAGGACGGAUUGUAUCAAGGAAAUUGAAACAGAGAAAGCGCUCGUUACUUGUCCUCCAGCAAGUCAACUCACUAGCGGCGAAUGCGAUGCCGAGAAGCAAAGUAGAAACGUCUCCUCCAAGCAUUUCUUGGUGAAUCCAACUACCUGCCAAUGUGUGUCGCAUGUAGAAAUAAAGUUGGAGGCCUGCGAUUGUCAUCGGAAGAACAGAAAGGAAGUCAUUUGUAAUGGGAGGGAACUCACUAUCGACAAUUAUGAGUAUUUCUCCAAUCCCGGCGAUCAAAAUUGUUCCUUAAAGACAUCGCAUGAAGUCAAAACCAUAACAUGUCCCACCAACCGCCAGGUAGUGAGGCAGAGCGGGGGAUGUGUGAUCAGGCGGGCCAAUGGAACUUACCGUGCUGAAGUGACGCGAUGGCAGGAGUUGAAGCAGUGCGAGUGCGUGCCUCGAGAAGAGAUUGUUGAGAAGCUCUGUGACUGUCCGCAGCCCGAGGCGAGUUCGCGAUGUGCAGACAACUCCCUUCUAAUCACUGAGCAUCUUCAUUUUACCCGUCGGGGUGAUCAGUGCACUGCGGAGCGCGUAAUGACGCGUCAAAAAACUAGAUGUGAGAGCGAAACCCAGAUUAGUGGGGUUUCAAGCUGUACUAAAUCUGCGAACGAAAGCGGGGAAUGCUACGAAACAGUAGCAGUGGAGCAGUACUAUGUUGAAAAUUGCAAAUGUCUCAAGAAAUCACUCACCUUAAGGCGGCUCUGCUGCGCUCCACCAGCCAAAACAAGACGCCGCUGUGAUGCAAAAAGACGCCAGUGGAAGAGCACCGUAACCAAAUUUAGCAUUGUCCCAGGCGAUGUUCUCUUUUCCUACGGCAACGUAACCAUACUCGACAAUAAGCUCUCGGCACUGAACUACGAGACCACUGACAUGGUCGUCUGUCCCGCAAAGACGGUCCACGAGGACUGCAACAAGGAGACGGACGCCUGGACACAAACUACCACGUGGUUUGAAAUUGACGACUGCAAAUGCAAGAAACGGGAGGUAGUAAAAACUGGAAAGUGUGCCUGUCCCAAGCGUGAGGUAUGGAAAUCGCCCUGCGAGAAGCAUUUCCAAACAGUGAAAAUCAAAUCCUACGAGUUCGUUGAUGGGGAGUGCGUGCCCUACGUGACGUCCACGCGGGAGCGCUGCAGUUGUCCAGAUGGCUCCUUCCAGCGGGUCCGGUGUGACGGCAACAGCCAGUUAACCAAAUGCACCCUCACCUACACCUUUGUGGCGGCAUCGAGGCAGUGUAAAGCGCGGAAACUCUGCGUCAGUUGGCUGCAGUCCUGUCCUGCAAGCAAACGAUACAGUGUAGGCACUUGUGGUCCUGAGACGGGUUACAGGCAGAGGAUUAGUGAAGUAAACUACAAUCUGGAUAAGGCCACCUGCAAGUGCAAAGCCCGUAUAAUCAACAGGUGGGAUGCCUACUGCGGUUGUGCUCACCUGAACAGCCAAAACGUUUCUUGUGACAACGGGGUUAAAACAACAACUGUAACGACAUACAAGCUCAUUGAUGGCGAAUGCAUACCCGAUGAGGACUCCAAAUGGGAAAAGAUAGUCUGUCCAUCAACAAGAGAGGAGAUUGGCGCCUGUGACAGAGAUCCAAACUCACCAACUCGCGGUCUCUUAACAAAAACUAUUUACACGUAUGAUAUUGACAAAUGCAACUGUAUUCCAAGAACUUCCAACGUCUCUGAAAUAUGCGACUGUAAUCUGCGUUACGGAGGAAGAAAUGAAACGAAAUGUCAAGACAACGAGGUAGAGGUUUCAACAACACAGUGGACUCUGAAAGAUGGUGACUGCCAGCCUACUACCAGGAUUUCACGUAGUAGUCUGCGCUGUCGCCCACCACGCGUAGAUCGAAGGUGUAUAGACAAUGGCACCACCUUGGUGGAGAGGAGGAGCAAGUUUAUUCUUACAACCGAUGGACCAACGCCUGUGUGCACUGAACAACAGACUGAAAGACCGAUUUCGGCCUGUUCUCUGAAGGGUGGUAGUAAGACAUGGAAGGUUCGAGGUCCCUGCAAUCCUUCCACUUGCCGAAGAACGGUCCACGUCUACAAACGUGCUUCCCAAGGGUGCAAAUGUCCCACUAAGAAAAUGACACGUACUGAGGUUUGCUGUUGUCCCAAGUCCAAACCAGUCAAUACCACGUGUCUGGCUAGAGUUCACGUCCUGGAAAAGAGUUUCAUUUCACACGCUCUUAUAUCUACUGUGAUCAUCGAUGGCAAGCGGCACGCCGUGGAGCCCUACUGCACCGAAAUGAAGCACAAAAUACGACUCCCUGUGACCUGUGGGGCGACAAAGCCUCGUAUUCUAAUGGGAGAGUGCCAGGCGGACCAGAAUCAAACCGUGCAAGUUAUUGGCAGCCACCCCAUUGGCUGUCAAUGCAAAGAUUACAAAAUUCGUCGACUGUCCAUCCGUUGUGGUUGUCCCAAGUUCCUCAAGCAUGUCUAUGGACAGUGCGUGAACGCUCAACAGGUGGAGAAGGUGGUCACCCUGCAGGCAGUGUCGUACACGAAGAGCCUCAACGGCAGCCGGGUGAAUGCGUCCCGCUGUCGUCCAGUUGUAGCGAGCAGACGCACUCUGCCGUGUGCGUGUGCUGAGAAACCACAAGUCCUCAGCAAAUGCCUCUCUGGAAACCUCCUGCGAGUUGAGGAGACCCAACUGCAAUUCAAUGCAACUUCUCGAAUCUGUCAGAGGGAAACCAUUGAGCGCGUCCUUCCCACAAUCUGCCCAUUACCGAAAAAGACUAUUUCUGAGUGUGGUGGUGAAGAAACUGGUUUUACGGCAACUGAGACCGUGACUACGUGGACACCGGUCGACUGUGAAUGUGUCCCCAAAACCACCGAACGUCCAUUUGUCUGCAAUUGCACCGCCAAGUAUCCAUCACAUUCUAGAAAGGUUUGUAAAAUGGACCACAUCCUGGAGACCACAGUGACCUCUUCUAGGCUGAAGGGCUACAAGUGUGUACCGCAUAUCGUCAAAUCUACUACUCAAAUCAGUGCCACCGAGACCCUAGCAGCCACACUACCCAUGGGACAAAGGCCUUCAGUGCCGACGGCCAGCGUACGCCCGGGACGCGGCGACCACGCAAGCGUCCUCCACCCGGUGUACUGGCUGCGUCACGGAGAUGCAUGUCCCAUUGAACUAAGGAGCAUGAAGUCACCCACUUGCGAUGAGACCACCCGUAAACGUCAAGUUGCCUGGUUCGAAAAGGUUCCUGUGGACUGCAAAUGUGAAUGGCAGCCAAUCACCUCGGCGGCUGCAUUGAAAGCCCUAGGUCUGCCCUCUUUUGAGUGGUGCAGCUGCCCCGAUAUUAUGGAAGUGGAGUCCAAGUGUCGUCCUACGGGUUCCGAUCAGUAUCUUCACCAGAGGACCCUGGUGAAGUACCAAAGACAGGGUAGUGAUUGUACUCCUGUUCGGGAGACUCUCUACAGCAACUUCUCAUGCAAGGAGGGGACGCAUACUUACAAGUCUGCUUGUGAUCCCUUGACGGGUUUGUCGACGGAGCGCCGUGUGACGAUGCGAGUGGAGGAUUGCGUUUGUCGACUAGUGACCGAGAGUAGCCGGCGCUGCGCCUGUGCUUGCGCUCCAACCCCACUCAUCCAUACCACAUGUCGGCCAGAGAACGGCCUCAUCGAGACUAUCGAGGAGUCCCUAGAACUUGUAGACUGCGAAUGCCGCAGGAGAGUGCGGCGCACCUCGCGGAUCGUUGACUGUCCCGGAGCUGGUGGUGCGGUGCUUCAGCGCCACGAGAGCACCUGUAUGGUGGACAAAAACAGUGGUAAUAGCUAUCGUAAUGUCACCUGGAUCACAAAUGAUCGUGAGGGCUGCAGGUGUGUCCAGCGAAGGCACUGGGCUCGAGAAAUCUGUGCCUGCAAUCCACAGGAACGAAAUUUCACCCGUUGCGUGGAUAACGCAAGACUGGAGAUAAGGACAAUUCGACGCGUCCUUACCGAAGGAAACCGGUGUGUGAAGAAGGAGAUUGCAAGGACAGUCCUUGCGGUCAGUUGUCCUGAGGCCCGGGUCGUUGAGAGUGUCUGCGACAAUGUGACUGGCCUCGCAACUGUCUCCAAGCUGCAGCCCGUCAUUGAAAAGUGCCAAUGCAGAACUCAAUUGCAACACUAUAAAAUCCCGUGUAAAUGUAAUCCAUUGGAGAAACUUAUACACAAAUCGCCUUGUAACAAAACGACUUGUCUUUCCACCGCUAUCUACGCUUAUGAAGUGCCUGACCCCUCUUCGAACAGUAGUUGUGUAAUCAAGAAGGUUGUUAAAGAGGUCAAAUGCUGUUGUCCACCGCCCCAGAGGGAACAUUUCUGUGAGCCUUCCAGUGGUAUGAGUGGAAUCGGGGUUCGUGAAUUCCACCUCUCGAACGGUCAGUGUGUUCCAGUGAUGCGGAUAACUUUGGAGCAGCCAUUAAUUUGUCCGCACAAUGAAACCACCUUCACUAAGACGAUGAAGUCCGGGAAGAUUCGCUUCUUCCGAAAUACGGCUGUUCGCGAGGGAUGCAAAUGUCGCAACAACAGGGAAACUGUCCAUUCUCAAUGGGAGUGUCCCAAAUCCACUCGUAACAAGACGUGCGUCAAGCUUGAUGGUACCAAUCAGUUCGCCUGGCAAACCACCAUCUCCCUCUGGAGAGCAUCGAAAGGCAAGGUGCCAACCUGUGAGCACCACGAAGUUAAAACAGAUGCGUCCCCAGUCACCUGUCUCCCACCCAAUGUCACUGAGUCGGUUUGCUUCCCCGUGGACGCUCGGCACGGAUUCGUGCGUAAUGUCACAAUACACAGCAUGCGUGCCGUUGGCUGUGGGUGUGUUUCAGGGGAACCAGAGGUCAAAGUGGAAAUCUGCAACUGUUCGCAACCCGUGGUGAAUAUUACAUACUCUGAGAGUGAGGGCUUAAUCACCGAGACUGUCAUCCAGUUCAACGCGACGUCAGAUAGAAGUCGAUGUGUUCCACACGAGAUCCGAAGACAGUGGCGUCUAACGUGCUUCCCCACAGAGCCCGUUCUCCGCAACACCACUACGUGCAAGAACGGACGCUUCUACAAGAUUUUCAUGAAGCGCACACCUGAGGGCUUCAGGUGUCGCACCCUCAUCAAGCGCGUGUCGCACCCUUGCGACUGCCCAAAGCCGGUCACCAGGACAACAUGCCUCAGUGACGGAAUCACCAAGUUGGUAACAACCACACGAUUCACUCGGCGUCGCCUCGAGGGUCCCUGUGAGCGUGAGGAGAGGUCUGUUAAGAGUGUCACUUCAUGUGACAAGCUACCCGAGGAGGAGCUGCGCGCUGGGCGUGACUACACCAUUAGCCCCGUUGGUGGUAACAGCACUUACAGUGUGCUCCAUGUCUACUCCUGUGGCACUGGGGGCUCUGCUUGCACCCGACGCGUCGUCCGUGUGACCAUCACUAGGGCCCCUGACGGGUGUCGCUGUGCUGUCAGACGGACGGAGGGUAGCGAGGCCUGUUGCUGCAAUGCCGAGGGACUGUUGAGUAAUAUUGAAAAGCCGAAGAAGUCACAGUGGGUGGAUUGUGAAUCAAUGAACCAUCCAAUUUCUGUAAGGCAGCAGAGAACGUGGCAUUUGAUGGAUGGGAAGUGCUGGCCGCUGACUUUUACCUCAUCAAAACCACUAGUUUGCUCCGACAAGGAAGUUGUGCGCCCAGUUGGCACCUGUAUUAAUGGCACGCAAAGAUUUCUUGUGGUCAAGUCCGUUCGAGAUGACUGCCGCUGCAAGACGGUGAAAUCAAUUGAAUCUCGACCUUGUUUGUGCCAGACGGUGUCAUCAGCCGAGGUGAUUUUCGUGGUGGACGAGUCAGUGUCCAGCCGAGCGCCGGACUACUCGCGCCGAGUGCGCGAUAUCCUCCAACUCACCAUCCACGCCUUCAAAGACUCGCAUAACGGUACCUUAGGAGCUUUCCGCUUCGCUGUGGUGAAGUACUCUAGCGACCCCAGUAUCGCUUUUAACCUGGGUCAGUACGAUGAGUCUGCUCCCAUGCUUAGCCACGUGGAACGCCUAAACUACGAGGGCAGGCUCUCAAACAUCAACAAGGCACUGGCUCUCACAAAGAGAGAGGUUUUGCCAAGAGUGCGGGCUGGAGUCACCACGAUGAUUUACGUAAUCAGUGAUGGCGUGAACGACGAGUCGGCGGGUGCGAGUCAAAUCGCCUCGGAGUUGGCCGCAGCAGGGAUUCAGAUCCUUGCACUCGCCGUGGGUGCCGAUGCUAGAGGACAGGCCUUCUUGCGCAGCUUGACCUCCAAGCCACGCAGCAGACACUUCAUGGUCUACGCUUUGGAGGAGAAGGCAGAUGUGCUCUCUAACUGGCUUAUCAAUUCACUUUGCAUUCAAGCCUGUCCCGAGGGUACCCAAACCCGUGGUUUCUGUUCCCGUGAGACCGGUUGCCUUGGGCACAUCUACGAGCACUCGUACAGGUUCAACACGGAUCUGGGCAAGUGUAUCGGUACCUCCACAAGGCGACCCUAUCGGUGUUGCUGCCUUGAGGCUCCAAGAGAGGAGAGUCGAUGUGUCAACGGAAGCUUAAUUCUCAUUAAGGAGCUGUGGAAACUGAGCAAAAGCAAGAACGGUCUCUCCGUGUGUCAGCACUUUAAAAUUGAACAGGGUGUGACAGGACAAUUGCUAAGAGAUUGUCCACCGGAAGAAAUCCAACAAGGUGGUUGUAACUCUGAUGGAGUAAGAACUGAAGUUACAAUCAAAAGGAAGUUGGAGGAUUGCAAAUGUAAAGUAACAAAGCAGGAGGCAACGAAGAGGUGCAUCUGUGACUCGAAGACGAGAGAGGAGGAACGCUGUAUCGGCGACAAUGUGGUGUGGCUUACGAUCCGAAAGGAAGUCCUCAAUGCCGACGGCUACUGUGAAGAGAAAGAAACAGUUGUCAAAAAGAGCAUCUCCUGCGCGGAGCCGAAAAUGAUUGCGGGUGCGUGCGAUCCGCUGACUUGCAAACGUCGUCUUAUUUACGUGAGAGAGCAGCCAGAGCAGUGUAAAUGUAGGGAGAAACGGAAGGCGUUUUUCGAGCUAUGCUGUUGUCUUGCUUCAAGAACUGCAUCACGAGAGACUGAUUGCUUCAAUGAUACCACAAGAGUGACGACUGAAACCUCUAUUGACUUCUCCAAGGAUAAACGAUCCUGUGUAAAGAAAACAGAGCUUUUCUACGAGCCCGUUGAUUGUCCAACAAGUUCAGUGUUUAUCAAGUCAGAAUGUGUACACAUCGGAAACGACACAAAUGUAGUGACUGAGAGUGAGAAGCAAUCCGACUCGAAUCUGCUCUACCGCCGCGUGGAAGUCAUCUCGUGGGAUCUCGUCAACUGUCGGUGUCUCGCCUCACGUCGAUGGGAGUUUGAGACCUGCGGAUGUCGUGAGGUGGAGAAUCCGGAAGUACAUGAAUGUCAUGACAAGGAGGGCAUCCUCAUUUCCUAUCAGCAGAACUAUCAACUCUCCGUGUCAGGCACCAAUGGAACCUACGUUGGAUCUGAAGCCAUUGGCAAGCGUUUCAACCAGCUCAAACAAGCUAGCUGCAUGCCCGUGUUCUCUGGCCGAACGAUUUUGCAAACAGAGUGUCCUCUUUCAAGUGUACACUACUCCAACUGUUCCAAUGGCUAUAUGACGGUAACGAUAGACGUGGUAAGUCUUAAAGCCUGCAAGUGUAAAACCAAUCGUCUCACCCGCCAACUUCGCUGCCUUGAGAUUGCGAUGGAUGGAAGAAAUUUGGGUCCACUUGGGACAAAAGACCAGAGGAAGAAGCGCCAAGACAAACCUCUUAAACAAAAUGUGAUAAAUUUCAUUGAAUGUGCAGAUCUUUUGCCAUCAGAUAAGUGUGUAGAAUUGGACAAGGGUCCGAAUUCGCAGUGUGAUAUACCAGGCCAAAUCAGAGAUGAACUCUGCCGCAAGACUUGCCAUCUUUGUCAAGAUCUCCCAAUCAAUCGGACAGACUUCACCGCAGAGGUCAGUGGACCAAACGACUGCUUGGUGACAGAUGUGCGCUAUGACAGAAGGUACCACCUCACCACUUUGAAAAGUGCCGGUUUGUCCCGAUGUAAGUAUGCGUGCAACAACGAUCCACGCUGUAUGGGUUUCGACUUCUACGUUCCCCUAAAUGAAGCGGUUCAAGGAAGUUGCGUUCUAAGCACGGUUGAUCGCCUCACUCUUCAACGUCGACUCAACCUGAAGAAGGUGGAGGCCGGAGCUAAUGCCGAAGACCUCAGUCGAAUGGAUUCAAAGCGUUGUAUUCGCUUUCAAAGAGUGCGACGCCCACGAGACCUGGAGCCAACACUAAACUACAUCUUUAACUGCACUUGCGAAAACUUGAGCUCGGAGAACGCCUUAGCGUUCACCAUCUCAUCAGUAGACGACGAAUCCUCAAAAGGUCGGCUACAUUGUGUGAAGGAGGCGGAAAUCAGGGCUGUCAAUUGGCGUGGACAGGUCACGUGUCAACCCCCAGGCAUCCCAGCAAGUCGGGGAAGGAGCGGGUCAAGUAACACCACCACUGAGGCCAGACAGGCCUCGAGCACAGACCCCUGCCUCGACAUGAAAUCAACCGAGUGGUGCGAGGAAGUAGCCAAAACUGCGGCUUGCAAGCAACCGGCCUUUAGAUCAGUUUGUGGUGGUACUUGUGGCGUAUGUGUUUGUAAUCGGAGCUAUGAAUACGUCGGAAGGUGUCUGCCAAACGGGAGGAUGACGGUCGUGAAGAUAGAAAACACCUACAGUUUUCUUCACGGACGCUGCGUCUCCACGAAACAUGUCCGUGUUUUCCCCUGUGAAGUCUGUCCAGCGCAGCCGUAUGAGCUCAUACAGCCGUGCGAUCCAAAGACAGAGGCCCGUCUGGUGGUUCAUGUGAUUCCGGUCUUCAAUUCCAGCAAUCCUAAUAAGUGCAAGCUGAAGGUCUCAAAAAAGGCCCUCAGUUGUAAGGACUGCAUGUUUGAGGGUGCUCACAGCAUCGAGCGCAGUAGCGUUUCAUCUUGCAAGAAGCGAGGCAACGGAACGCAUCGUCAGGUUCUGCGCACAGAAUAUGUUGUUAAUGAAGAUGGGUGUUGCAAGAUCAGAAGGUCCCUCCGAAGCUUCCCCUGUGUUGGAUGUCCAGCACCAAGAGUUAGCCUUUCAAAGUGCCUAGGUGGUUGGCAACUCAGGACCAUCAUAUUCUUCACUCGGCCAACGACGGGCAAAUUUAGUGAUGAGGGUAAAGGAAUUCCCUCUUCAGCCUGCUUUAGGCACGUCAUUUCAACCAAGGAACGGUGCAUUGUGACGGAGACUAACCGAAAAAGUGGCUGUACCGACCUACUGGGUUCGAGGGAAUGCAGAGAGUUUAAGGACGGUGACCUCUGUUUAGGAAACCCUGAGAUAGCUCGAAAGCUUUGCGCUAGACAGUGCAAUUUGUGCUAA